GUCCAAGUGCACCGCUCCCGAGCGUUACAGCGCGUAAGUGUCCAAAGCGAACGCAGCCAGAGUAGUAUUCGUCGUUACCAUGGUUACCAUCAGACUUAAAACGCAAACAGAAUCUAUCUAAUUCAGUUGUAAUACAAUCCACGCGAUUCUUUAUUUCGAGACUGGCAAUACUCUAGAAUAAACAAUAGUUACAUUUAAUUAAUAAUGAUUGUAUUUUCGUUUGUUGCGCUUUUUAAUUAAUUCAAGUUUUUUUUUAAACAUUUAUUUACGAAGCCAAAUAUUGAACUUUCUUUUACUGAAGUGCUUUUAAGAUAGGCAGCGUGAGAGAGAAUUGUUUAAUUUGAUAGAAAGACAACUGAUAUAAAAAUUUAUUAUGAGACUCAAGAUAUCUGUACAGAGUAAUAAUGGGCACAAACGUUUACUCACUUGUGUCGCGUGGAGCUCAGCGGAAGAAAUUUAUUCGUGUGGAGAAGACCAUUUAUUAAUAUCCUGGCAUUUAGAAGGGGGUAUUGCGCAUCCCAGUAUUGUAACAGAAUUUCCAAGCGAUUUUUACCCAACGCAUAUGCAGUGGCAUCCACGUCCCAAUCAUACUGCAUCUAUUGCGAAGAAAUCAUCUUUGGAUGUUCUACUAAUUACAACUGCUGACGGAAAAUAUCAUUUAGUGAACAAAAAUGGCCGCAUCGAAAAAAGCGUUGAAGCUCACAAAGGUGCGACAACAAUAGGCAAAUGGAGCAGUGAUGGUUCUGCGUUGUUGACAGCCGGUGAAGAUGGAUUGAUAAAAAUCUGGUCUCGCAGCGGCAUGCUGCGAUCGACAUUAGUACGAACGAAUUUUCCUAUAUUAACGUGCUGCUGGAGUCCUGAUUGCACAACGAUUAUGUACUCCCAAGGAGCGAAUCUGCUUCUCCAGCCGCUUAAUUCCAAUUCGAAACCACGGAAGUGGCAUGCACAUGACAGUCUUAUUCUGGUUAUUUGCUGGAGUCAAAUGAAUGGACUUAUAGUUUCUGGUGGCGAAGACUGUAAAUACAAGAUUUGGGACGCUAACGGUAAUCAGUUGUACAGCAGUAGCGUCGGUGAUCAUCCUGUGACAGCAAUUAGCUGGUGUUAUUCUUCUGGUAAUUAUUUUGCUGUUGGAUCCUUCAACACCGUUAAAUUUUGCGAUAAAAAUGGGUGGACGCAUUCUAUGGAAAAAUUGAAUACCGGAAGUAUAUACAGUAUAGCUUGGUCAAGCGACAGCACUCAAGUUGCUAUGGCGUGCAGCAAUGGAAAAUUAUUAACUGGACAUGUGAUAGAUAAAAGAUUAGAAUGGGAUAAUUACGAAGCGACGUUAGUAAGAAAAAAGGUAAUCGAAGUCAGAGAAGUUGGUAACGAAGUUCGCGAAGUGCUGGAAAUCUCUGAUCGUGUUGUGCAUCUCGAAUUUGGCUUCGGUCAUUUGGUCGUCAUUACGCCCGCUCAGUGUCAUGUGUAUUCCGUAACAAAUUGGAACACUCCAGCGAUAUUUAACUUGAAGAGUAAUACUCUCUCCGCCGUACUUCUUGCAGAAAAACAUUUCUUGAUUGUGGAAUGGAAUACUGUGUUAUUGUAUAGUUAUCAAGGUCGUUUACUGGGUACUCCAAAAUGGAAGGGACUUACUCAAGAGCCUCUUUAUCCUCCCUGCAUAUCAUUGUGCUCGGAUACUUUAGUCAUAAGAGAUCAGAAUAACAUGAAAUUGCUUCAUAUUUUGGAGGUAGCUUACAACAAACCAAUAACAGAAGGUCAAACACAUUCGCAUCUACAAAACGUGACGCAGGUGGCGUUAAAUCAUAUCGGUGGUAUAAACGAUCGACAAUUGGCACUAAUAGAUAUCAACAAAGACCUCUUUUUAAUUGCGAUAAGAACUACAGGUUUUGGAAGAGUGUGUAAAAUAGCUGCAAUGGCGCAAAAUAUCGCAUGGGCGACCGAUGCAAACGUCUUGGCUGCAAUGUUGGACACCACUCUGUCUGUAUGGUUGUGUCCUAAUUGUGUUCAUUACAGUGAUCGUAAAGUGAUACGGCGGACAAGAAUAGACAAGGAAAGCAGCGAAUUUGGAAAACAACCUAGUAUCGUAAGUGUUCGUAACGGUCUGGUCAUAGUGAGACGCGGAGAUGGUGCUAUUAUUGCUUCCUCUUUUUAUACCUUAUUUACGAGUUUGCAUCAACACGUAUUGAACAAAAGAUUGAAGGAAGCGCUCUCCUUGUGUCGUAUAGCUCAGAAUGAGAUAUUAUGGACUUGCAUGGCUGUUAUAGCGACUGAUAACAAGGAAUUGGAUGCUGCGGAGGAAGCUUAUGCAGCUAUUGAUAGAUUCGACAAGGUUGAUUAUAUUAGAUACAUUAAGAUUUUGCCUAAUGCUACAGAAAAAUAUGCAGAAAUGGCAUUGUUAGCUGGCGAUUUAUUGGCUGCGGAAGGUAUAUUGUUACAAAGUGGUUUAAUUAAGGAAGCUAUACGCAUUAACAUUGAAAUCUAUAAUUGGAAUAGAGCUUUGGAGUUAGCGGUGAGACACAAAAAACAACUAGAAGAAGUUUUAGAAGCAAGAGCAAAGUAUUUGCAGACAAUCGAUAAGAAAGAAACCAACCAAAGUUUCCUCACGUAUAUUGCGAAAUCACAACCGAUAAAUGAAAAAAAUAACGAGAAAGAAUUUAAUGCCAAAGACGAUGCUGAACAAAACAAAUUACCGAGUCACGAAAUGCAACUGUGAAAGUUAUAAAUAUCUCAGUAAACAAGAAACAUUAUGCUUAUUUUUUGAAACACUCAUUCUGUGUAUAUUUUUCCGAAAUAAUAUUUCUGCAUAUUUUAUAAUUGUUAAAAAAAAAACACAAUAACAGUAUAAAAUAACAUUGCCUCCCAAAUAUCCAAGUAUUUUAAAAACAUGAGAUAAAACAUUUUUUAAAUGUUACUAAGCAAAUAACAUUCCAAAUAUCACAUAACAUUUCAACAUAUGAUUAUUCGAAUAUGUUAAACUCAUGCUGAAUGAACUUUAGAUAUACAUAAUGUACUAGUAAUAUCUGCAUAAUAUUUCUUGUACAUUACAUCGCUUCUCGAACAUGUCCAUUUGGGAUAUAAUAAACUCGACAGUAAUGUUCCAUUUAAUUGGCGAAUGUUAGUAAAUAUAUUUAGUUGGUAAGUAUAUUCGGAAAAUAUAAUUUGCUUUUCUGUUAAGAUAAUUUAAAUAUUUUAAUAUCGAGAAAAUCAGCGUAAAAUUUCCCAUCGAUAUAAAAUUAUUGCUAUAAAUUGCUUCAUACUUUGUGUUUUAAUUUAUUGUUUUUACUAAUUAUUUUAAUGUUUGGUUAAAAAUCCGAAAAAGCUAUCAUAACGUCAUUGGUUCGUUAAAAUAUAUUGUACAAAUAUUCAUCGGAAUUUACCCCAACUAGGCAUCUUGCCCAAUUAUUUUAUGCAUUUUUUGUAUCAUGUUAAUAUUGGAAAUUUAUACAGUGCUAAGUAGAAAUUAUAGGAUCAACUUAGAUCAUCAAUACCUUUUCACUUUCUAACUUUCGAUACAACAGUCUU